AUGGAAUUGGACAAGACAAGGGAAGAGAGGCGACAGGGUCACAAGAGAGAAAAAAAGAGGAAAAAAAGCAUUAAUGGAGCAGCGUCGUACAUUGGUUUCAGCGCUUCAAAAUGCCACACUCCCUCGAAAACUCCUUUCAAAAUUAUUCAAGCUGCUCUCACUCGCCCUCCUCCAACUCUUCUCCAAUUUACUUCUCUUCCCUUGACGCUCUAUCUAAUAAUCAUUAAGCAAUUAUUUGAUCACACGCUUAUCUGGGACCUGGACCUUAGAGCAUCUGAUGUGUUUGGUUGUUUUGCUUGGGCAAGCAUCUGA